CACAUCCAGCAGUUCUACGAUCUCCUCACCGGCUCCAUGGAGAUCAUCCGAGGGUGGGCGGAAAAAAUCCCCGGCUUCACCGAUCUCCCCAAGACGGACCAGGACCUGCUCUUCGAAUCCGCCUUCCUGGAGCUCUUCGUGCUGCGGCUGGGGGAGAUGCGUACAGGUCAAAUCCAGUGGAGGGCAAGCUUAUCUUCUGCAACGGGGUGGUCCUGCACCGGUUGCAGUGCGUCCGCGGCUUUGGGGAGUGGAUCGAUUCCAUUGUUGAAUUUUCCUCCAACUUGCAAAACAUGAACAUCGAUAUCUCUGCCUUCUCUUGCAUCGCUGCCCUGGCCAUGGUGACAGAGAGGCACGGGCUUAAGGAACCCAAGAGGGUGGAAGAACUUCAAAACAAGAUUGUAAAUUGUCUCAAAGACCAUGUGACUUUUAAUAACGGGGGGCUGAAUCGCCCCAACUAUUUGUCCAAACUCUUGGGGAAGCUCCCCGAACUCCGCACGCUUUGCACGCAGGGCCUGCAGCGCAUUUUCUACCUGAAACUGGAAGACUUGGUGCCGCCGCCAGCAAUAAUCGACAAACUUUUUCUGGACACUUUACCUUUUUAAGACUCUUCCCGUGCACUUCCGCUGGGCUGAAGAGGAGCUUCACGUGUCCGAGGGGGAAUUCGUCUGGGCCCCAGGCAGCACCCCUGGGUGCCAGCUUCCCGUCCAAACCAGUGUUGUAACCUCCUGCGGGCGGAACGUCAGCGGGCGCUGGGGCUCUGGGGCAUCACGGAUGCAGAUCAUGGACCACACAAAUACCAUGGUAUAAACUUUUUAUUAUCAGCUUAUAAAUGAAUUUAUUAUU